GAGAUUUUCCUUCAUGCUACACUGUACCAGAAUGUUUGCUGUUAGAGAAAUGAUGGCAUUGGAGGGUUUAAGCAGCUGGCUUUAGUUCCAGUCCAUUUGAGAAAACCAGAAAAUCAUCAUCUCAUUCCAUUCCUGAGUCCGAGUCUAGAUCUGCCUGCGUUUUCAUCAAUGGAAUUCCUGCUCUUCAGUCUAUUUUUACUGCUAUCAGUGCAUAUUACAGCCGUGAAAGAACACCACAGACGGCAAGCAAGAAGUAUUCUGGACUUGAUCGGAAUGAUUCAGUGCAGCACGGGGAAUUCUAUUUCUUACCUGAUGUAUGGUUGUUACUGCGGAAUUGGAGGAAAAGGCUGGCCACGGGAUGACACAGAUUGGUGCUGUUUUACUCAUGACUGCUGUUACGGGAAAGCAGAGAGAGCUGGUUGUCAUCCCAAGUCAGAGAGUUACAACUGGUAUUGCAGAUAUGGUACUGCUAGAUGUGGGGACUUCUUUGACUAUUGCGAAAGGAUGAUUUGUGAAUGUGACAUGGAGUUAUCAAACUGCUUGAGGAGGAAUGUAUACUGGAAGAAAUAUGCACUGUGGCCCAAUUUCCUUUGCGGAAGGACAAAGCCUCGAUGUUAUUCAUAUUAAAUAACAUGGGUAUAUUCUGAAA